CAAUAUUACCGGGACACAACUCCACGCGUUUCUGCAUUCGUAGUUACACAGCGACUUGAGAUAGAAACCUACAAGCAAUACUCGACACCCUGAACACGUGAAUAUUACUUACAACUGUGGACUUCACAAAGUAUAUUCUAACAUUAUGCAGGAUUCUCAAGUUGUGGACUUAAACGUUGGUGGUCGACAUCUGACAACCUCCCUGUCCACCCUCACCAAGUACCCAGACUCCAUGUUGGCCACCAUGUUUAGUGGAAGGCAUCCGGUAGCCAAGGACAAAGAUGGCCGCUACUUCAUCGAUGUAGAAGGGGAUGUGUUUGUUCAUAUCCUCAACUUUCUGAGAUUCGGGAAAAUGCCUCCACCCGAAAGAGCAUCAGAGGUUAAUGAAUAUGCGGAGUACUUUGGAUUACAGGAACUGAAGGCACCUGUCCCCGAAGACUUUGAACAGGUGCUCUACGGAAUAUGGAAAAAGGAGCUACCUGACUACCAACGUCACUGGGAAAAAGUGAAAGAACAAUUAGGCAAUAUUUCCACAAGUUACUUUUACAUUUGCACAAGAAAGUCUGAUUGUGGAAAACUGCCUAAAACAGAUAUAGGUGCACUGACCCCAGGCAAUUAUUACACUAUUGAAUUAUCUUUCGACUCAAACGUAUCUAUCUUUUUCAAUCUUCUUGCAGUCGACCUGAAAAAACGUAAUGUCUUCACCGACUCUUGUCUGAGGGAAUGCCCGGGUUGUUGUUGUAGAGCAGCAAUGGGAUUCAGAAUUGGACGAUGAUCCAAAAUUGUCACACUUUGAGUCGACAGAUAAUUCUGAUGAAAGGAAUGUGAAUCAGCCGUGGCAUGGGUGGAGAUCUCUGUUGCCUGCUGCUGUGAUCUUGAAGCGCUGAGUCAUUGGUUAAUGUUCGUCUAAUUGAUGAUCAAAUCUAGCAAGACCUACUAGUAUUAUUACGGAACAUUUCUUUUCAAUGUAUAUAGACUCAAAAUCAAACGGGAUACUAAUACAAGACAACUGUUAACAGAGCGAUUUACGUUUUGCUGCUUCUCUAGGUUCUUAAUUUCCUUGGGAUUUCCGUGUCAGAAUAGGUCCAUGGUAUGCUAUACGUGCUGCAAGUGCCGACUAGGGUGGGUACACUGGCUGACUGUUUGCUACUUGUACCAGGGUUUUAGAUGAUGUUAAAUAGCUGAAAUAUUGCUGACUGUGGCGUAAAACAAAUCCGUUGCCAUUUUGCCGAACCAGGUGUUGUUGUUUUUUGUCGCUUUUAUGUAAGGCUAGGACACAAACAUUAUUAAAAUGAAAAUUGUUCCUUCUGGCUUACUUUUUGACAUAUGUACAAUGUAAAAGAAUGUAUGUGAAUAUCGUUAAUAGCUGAAUUGUUUAAAGCUUGCAGUAUACUGGGUUCCUUUUCACUCUUGACUUGUUUUGAACCCAUUGUUAGAGUGAUGAAGAGUAUUUAGAAUUCAGUGUUUGUCUUGGUAAAAAACAAAAUGUUCCUCGUGUUGGUUCAGUUAUAGUAGACAUCUAUUUAAUGUGCGUUUCCUAAUCACGACAAGAAAAAGCAUCUUUCCUGACGUUUUGAAAGGUGUUGGUAUUGAUCAAAAUGCAUACAUUUUGCAAGCAUUCCAAAUCAUUUGGUUAUAUUUAUAUGUAUGCCUAGUUUGGGAAUGUUUGGAAAUGUUGGAGAAAUGCACACACUUACAUCAGUGUCCAUACCCGCCUACAAUCUUGCCGGUGUGUUAUGUCAUGUGGCAGGAGCUAGCGACACACAAACAAAUUAAUAACUUUUUCAUGUAUUUGUGUUAAUUUGGACAGUUUACUAUUUCAGACCUUAUUUCAAACGUUAGAAAUGAAACAUUUCCCUUAAACUUCCCUGUACAGAAAUAUAUAGGGAAUUGUACAAAAUGUUUGAUGCAGGUUUGGCAUAUAUGAGAUAAGAUUGGCACCCUAAUGUUUGAAAUACCAAGAGAAAUACAAGCAGAAUCAAUAACUUUUGUCACUUUAUUUCCUUCCAUGACUAUGUACAGGCAUCAAUGCACCAUCAAACCUUAUGAAAUACAUUGGAAAUACAUGGACAUAUAGCUCGGUAUCCAUGCAUAGUCUGUAGACAAAGACAGAGCUCGUUAGGCAGGACAAAGAAUGCUUUGUACACUCCCGACCAGGCAGUUGCUGUAAACAAAUAUGCAAACAUUUUUGGCAUUAGCCCUUUGCUUGCUAAACAUUUACAAUUGGGACCAAUCUUUGCGCAGGCUUUGAGAAACGUGGAAUAGCCGGGUAUGACGACUGCCUGAAUCAGUUGCUGGAAGGCCUGGUGGCAAGUCGGUAUCAAAGUGGUGUCUUGUACAUCCAGUUCUCGGAUUCCUCUCAACACAUGUUCACUCUGUGCAAGGUGGCUGGUAUUCCUGAUGAGCAUCAGGUCAUCAACGUCAAAUACUCCUCCUCCACAAUGGAUGGGACCAAUCGUGUCCAUUUCCUCAAUGAGGAUCUGAAGCGUAUCGGUGUUCACCUUCAGCCAGGGGACUUCCGACCAGAACCAAAGUGUGGUUGUCGCGUGGCUUUGCGGUACAUGAUAAAACAUGAGUAAUUGAUGUACCCAUAAUUGUGACAUUGUGUGGUUUGGUACGAUUAAUGUAUACUUCCCAGGCUAAUAACAUACAAUGUACAGCAACCUAUGCUUGAUGUAAAAGGCGACUAUGCUUGUCGUAAGAGGCGACUAAUGGGAUCGGGUUGUCAGGCUGGCUGACUUGGUUGAAGCAUGUCAUCGUUCCUAAUUGCUCAGAUCGAUGCUAAUGAUAUCAAUCACUGGAUUGUCUGGUCCAGACUCGGUUAUUUCCACCGUCAAAUAGCUGGAAUAUUGCUGAGCGCGGCGUUAAACAACCAACCAACCAACCAACCAUCUUCAUGAUUUUAAGCAUAAUCGUCGAUUAAUCAACGUUGCACACAGGUGUUUGAGAAGGUGAAAGACGAUAAAAAUAACAAAUAAUUGAUGUAACUUGUUUACACUAAUAAACAGGCGACGAUAAUCAUAUUCUCCUGAGAAAAGCGUACAUGAUGAAUAUACAGCUAGUUUGCAUUUCAAGCUUUGUAGUGAAGAGUAUAGUUGUAUAUAAUGUUUAUACUUGUGAUUACGUAUACACUUGUCUAGUGGUAGUGCCUCCAGCCGGAGAGCGGAAGGUCCGGGGUUCGAUCCUUGGCCGCGUCAUACAAAAAGACGUUGACUUGUGACGGUUGAGUCAUGUGAAUAGAUCUAAGCUGUGCUUGUAUCAUAUGUAUUUUGUAAUAAAAUGCCUACA